UCCGGCAGCGCCGGGCCCUGCCGAGCCGAGCCGAGCUGAGCCGGGCCGGGUCCCGCAGAGCCGCCCCGCGCCUCCUCACAGCCUCCGGAGCCACCGCCCGCCCGCCCGCCAAGAUGGAGCAAACCUGUGAUGAUAUAGAUGAAAUGUUCAGCAAUUUACUUGGGGAGAUGGACAUGCUGACUCAGAGUUUAGGAGUGGAGACUGUACCACCUCCAUGCCCCAAAGUGUCCAACAAUGAAUAUAGCUUUACAGUUGGUUUUAAAGAUUUAAAUGAAUCCCUAAAUGCCCUAGAGGACAAAGACCUGGAUGCUUUAAUGGCUGACCUUGUAGCAGACCUUAAUGAUGUUGAACAGAAAACUUUACAAGCCCAGAAAGCUUCUUCUUGCAACCAGCAAAGUACAGUCACUCAGCCUUCAACAGGCUUGAAUAAUGACAUUUAUUCUAAAGUAAGUCCCUAUGUUACCAUUACUGGACAGUCUGGGGAUGAUUUGCCCCCUCCACCUCCACCUCCAGACCCUGAACCAGAACUUCCACCACCACCUCCACCACCUCCUCCUGAGCCACUUACUCAGGAAGAACUAGAGGCAAAGGCUAAAGCUGACAAAAUUAAACUUGCAUUGGAGAAAUUGAAGGAAGCCAAAGUUAAAAAGCUUGUUAUCAAGGUGCACAUGGAUGAUAACAGCACCAAGUCCCUAAUGGUGGAUGAGCGCCAGGUGGCACGGGAUGUUCUGGACAACCUCUUUGAGAAAACCCACUGUGACUGCAACGUUGACUGGUGUCUGUAUGAGACGUACCCAGAGCUGCAGAUUGAAAGGUUUUUUGAAGACCAUGAAAAUGUUGUUGAAGUGUUAUCAGACUGGACUCGAGACACUGAGAAUAAGAUUCUGUUUUUGGAAAAAAGUCAAAAAUAUGCUUUAUUUAAAAAUCCCCAGAAUUUCUACCUGGCGAACAAAGGCAAGAAAGAAAGCAAAGAAAUGAAUGAUAAAAACAAAGAGGCUUUGCUGGAGGAAAGCUUCUGUGGGACAUCUGUCAUUGUGCCAGAGCUUGAAGGGGCCCUUUAUUUAAAAGAAGAUGGAAAAAAGUCCUGGAAGAGGCGUUAUUUUCUUCUACGAGCUUCUGGAAUUUAUUAUGUACCCAGAGGAAAAACCAAGACAUCACGGGAUCUGGCAUGCUUCCUUCAGUUUGAGAACGUGAAUGUGUAUUAUGGUUAUCAACACAAAGUGAAAUAUAAGGCACCUACAGACUACUGCUUUGUCUUAAAGCAUCCCCAGAUUCAAAAGGAGUCACAAUAUAUCAAGUACUUGUGCUGUGAUGAUAAAGCAACCCUGCAUCAGUGGGUAACAGGAAUAAGAAUUGCCAAGUAUGGCAAGACGCUCUAUGACAAUUACAAAUGUGCAGUGAAGAAAGCUGGCUUGUCCUCUUGGUGGGCAAAUCAAAAAGUGGUGGAGCCAGCUGCCCCUGCAGGAUCCUCAUCAGCAGGUACUGUUCAGUCAAAUGGACAGAUUCCCCAAAGUGAUCAUUGCAGUUCCAGUUCCAGUGCAGAAUUUCCAGACAUUCAGAAGAAAGUGGAUACAUCUGAGGCACAAGCUGAAACAAAUAAUGCCAGUGCACCUGGCCUGACACAACCAUUGCUGAGGCCACAGAAAGUCCAGAGUAAGAGGACCUCACUGCAGCCUCCUCCUCCACCUGAAAGGCGUUCAUCUGCUAUUUCUGCUUCACCAGUUCUACCCUCCAAAGUGAUACGAGACAGUGGCAUUUUCCUAACAGAUCCAGAGAGCUUUCCAGCACCACCACCUACACUGAAGAUUGAUUUUCCUCCUCCACCACCAUCAUCUGAUUUCUGUGAACCACCUCCUGAUUUUGUGCCUCCACCACCACCAGUGUCCAGCAGCAGUAAUGGAGAUGUGCCAUUACCCCCUCCACCUCCAUCUGUCUCCAGUAAGCCACCACCACUUCCAGUGAAGAAACCUGUACCACUUCCUCCCAAAAGGCUGGAAAACACAGGACAAGGUGGAGAGCCACAGUCAGCAGGGCCACCUCUGAUUACAGGGGGAGGCAAGCAAGCAGAUUUCAUGUCUGACUUAAUGAAAGCUCUUGAGAAGAAAAGGGGUAACAGCUCCUGA